AUGCAAUCUUAAAAUGUUGUUUAUGACCUUAGGCUCCAAACUAUCAUCUUAUUACAAAAUCAGUGUUUCAUAGACUCAUGGUUUAGCCUUAAAACAUUAGACUUAUGGCACAGCGUGUCCUUGCAUUUACUGUACGUGUGUUUAUGCAUGCACUUUAAAGCUGUUCAAUUCUGUUGAUAAGAAUGAGGACAGAGGAUUAAGAGACUUUAGUUGUUUCGUUCAGAUAGCGGUUGCACAUUUACUCUUCCGUACACAACACUGACCUCGACCUCUUUCUCUUAAACACAGAAUAUAUCACUGUGAUUUAUUAAUCUUAUAGCACCAACGAGUGUUGUCUAAACCGUUUGUUCAUCUCAAUAAAACAUCAUUUACGGCUCCUGUUGUCUAUAAAUACUAACUUUGACUGUCCUCUAAUCCCAGAGGUGUGUUAGGAGUGCAAAACGGAUGAGAGGAAGGUAGAGGUGUGGAUAAAGAGGGAGGUGGGAGUUCAAAAGUAUGGGAGGGUUAGUGUGCAUGAAUCCUGAUGGUCCUCUGGCAGACUGACCAAAGCCAAAUUGAUUCGCUCCUCCUGUAUAAACAGAGAGCAACAGGGACAAAAGAGGCUUAAGACUGAAAAGCAAGCAUUUCACUUUGAGAUUAAGAGACAGUGGCAGACUGAAAUCACAGAGAGACAAACACUGAGACUGGCAGAGGAAGGUGAGCGAAAAACUUUCACUUUGUUCUUUGCUCAGAUGUGCCUCUGUGGCAAUAUUUCAUUUGAUCACUCUCAUUUAAAUCUGAAUUGUACUUACGCAGCUGUAUUUAUUCCCAUUUAAAUUGGAAUUUCAUGUAAAUCCAACAUUUUUUGAUGUUUUCCUUUCUGUCUGGUUCCCUGUUAUUAGUGAAUGUCUAAGAGAAUGAAUGGCUCGUGGAUGGGGUCUGUCUCUGUCCCGUCCUCCAUCCCUCACGCCUUCCACUCACAGCUCUCUUCAUCCGCUGACCUCAGCAUAGCCAUCUUACUCAUCAUCACAGGUGCGGUGUCGGUGGUUGGGAAUGGGCUGGUGUUGCUGGUUUACGGACAGAGGAGAAAGAAGCUCAGAGCGCACGAGCUGAUGACCAUCAAUCUGGCCGUGUGUGAUUUCGGCUACAGCCUGCUGGGGGCGCCAUGUCUCAUCAUCUCAAGUCUGUCGCAUGCAUGGAUUUUUGGGGAAACAGGAUGUAUGUGGUAUGGGUUUCAGGGCUUUGUUUUUGGCAUUGGGUCUCUCAUCACUACCUGCCUUAUCUCCCUCGACCGCUGCUUCAAGAUCUGUAGCUUUCAGUAUGGUCAGUGGAUUGAGAGAAAACAUGCCUCUCUGUGUGUGGCUCUGGUGUGGAUCUAUACAUUAUUCUGGGCCUUACUUCCUGUGAUUGGCUUUGGUAGUUACGGCCCAGAACCAUUUGGAACCAGCUGCACCAUAAACUGGUGGAGAAUGAAGUCUUCACUCAAGGAUAGAGUCUAUAUUUUCCUGAUCAUGUCACUCUGCUUUGGAGUUCCCACCAUCACUAUCAUCACUUCAUACCUCGCUAUACUCAUCAAGGUGUAUCUGUCUGGUCGUGUACUGGCUUCAAUCCCUUCAUCAACUGUCACUCACAACAGCAAAGAUCUCCGGCUGACAAAGAUAGCAGCAGUGGUGUGUUCCUCAUUUCUGGUUGCCUGGACUCCCUAUGCGAUCGUUUCGCUCUACUCUGCUCUGACUGCUAGAGAGGAGCACACUGGAGAAGACGGAGGAAGCGCUCUCGUGAGUGGAAUGUCAGCAGCAGGGGUCGCCCAUGGCGGAGGGUUGUCCGACGUCUUUGCUUUUCCCUUCCUCAUUAACUGGACCUCUUCAGAACACUUCGGGGAUGCUUUCAGCUCCUGGAGGAAUACGACUUCUGAUCAUUCCCAUCAUUCAGUAGGGCAUCAUGGAUCAAGUUCAACUGUGGGUUCUGCACAUGGAGGAACGAAUGGACAUGAAUCACAUCUUGUGUCCAUCCUGAAGCCAGAGGUCUCACUCAUUCCAGCUAUUUUAGCCAAGUCACACUGCAUGAUAAACCCCUUCAUCUACCAGAUCAUGAACCGUGACUUUAGGGAGGACGUCUAUGAUCUCCUGUGUCUGAGAGGAAAAGAUGGAGAGAGGAGGAGAACAAGGAGCACGGACGGCAGUGAUUCUGAUGGGUAUCGUGGAAGCGUCACUCUCUCUUACAUUCACAGCUGGAGGAGAAGAAGCACAGCAACCAGUCAGUCAUCUGGGGAGCGUGUGAAGAAAGAUUCGUCACGGAAGAGUAGAGGGAGCAGAGGAAGUAGAGGUCAGAGAGGGUUCUGUCAGGACAGAGCAGCAGUCGGGUUGGCAACCUUGGAUACUACAACCUUAGAUACGCAGGUCAACUUGGAAAGAGAGAGAGGGAAGGAGGUGGAAAGAGAGACGAAAAAAGAAUUAAGAGAGCCCAGCACUAACUGCUCGUUGAUGGGUGAAGAGUGAUGCUUGCUGUCUAAAUAGACAGCAACAGUUCAUAAUGCACUUAGUUAGCUCAAAAUAUCUGUUGUUUUAGUUUUGAAAAAAAGAAAAGAAAAAACAGUGUUUAUUUUUUCCAUUAGUGUUAUCCAGUGUGUGAUUUUGCACCUAUCCAGUCUCACACUGGUGCAACACAUGAGGCUCUAGUUAGGAUUUUCAUGCUGAUUUUGUCCUCUGUGUGUUUAUAACU